AUGGGAGCUAUAAAUAAUUACGCCUACUACCGACUUUUUGGUUACUUGACUGCACUUGUUUUACACGGAGGUAAUGGAAUAACGAUGCUUAUCGCGUUGCAAGGCGAUAUCAUAAAGGAUCCUGAGCUAGAAACAUUCUACUCCUUACAAUGGGUGUACAUCACCAUUUGGAAUGUGGCAUUUCAAAUAAUAUACUCGUUUCUUGGAAUCUUAUGUGAUUCGCCAACCUCACUCGUGGUUAAGGAAACGACUAUCACAAAAUACCUAAAAUAUUAUCGUGAAGUGAUAUUCACUAGUAUAAUUUUACCUCUCGGUUUUGUGAUAUUUAUCAUAUUCUGGCCAAUUUAUAUAUAUGACAGAGAAAUGGUAUUUCCGGCAUUUAUUGACAAAGUUCUGAGGCAAGAAUCCAACCAUAUAAUGCAUACGGCUAUACUCCCUAUAGUUCUCUGGGAAUUCGUUUUCCUACCCAAAACUGAACCUAAAUCGCAUAAGUGGAAUUUAGCUGCUACUUACGGAUGCUACAUAACUUAUUUAUAUGUAUUAUUCUCAACAUUCGCCCGCCGUGGUAUAUGGCCUUAUCCCAUUUUAAAAAUUUGUUACGGGUCCAUAUACUUCCCAACGAUUUUCAUAGUUAUCACCAUAAUGUUGUAUUUAUUAUACUAUGGUCAAUGGCGUGUUAACGCACUACUGUGGGGGACUAAUGUUACGUCAAAAGAGAAAAUUUGUUAA